AAAAUCUGUAUUUUUUUGGCAGAAUAUUUGUUUUUAGGCAGAAAUUCUCUGCUAUUUUAGGGGAAUAAUAUACUUUGAAGCCUACUAGGGAGUGAUCUUAUUCGUURAAUAUGGGAAAACGUAAACGGCAGAAGUUUAAAGGUAGGAGAGACAAAAAAGUUUGGCAUGAAAUAACAAAAGAGAAUAAGAUGUUUGAGAAAUACUACAAGGCACAAAAUAUUAUUCCUGAAGAAGAAUGGGAUGAUUUUAUGGCUACUUUUAAAAAAGAUCUUCCAAGUACCAUUAGAAUAACAGGAACUAGAAGGUAUCCAGAUGAACUUGCUUGGCAAGUAAACCUGUCUCGUAAAUUCUUAAGGAAGUCGGCKACCAUGGAGAAGUUUCACUACUUUCUUGUUCAAGAGACUGAAUGUGGUAAUAUCAGUAGGCAAGAAGCUGUUAGUAUGAUACCACCUCUACUCCUUGAUGUUCAGCCAGGACAUAAGGUUCUGGAUACAUGUGCCGCACCUGGCUCUAAAACAAGCCAGAUUAUUGAGAUGCUACACACAGAUGAUUCUAAAGGCAUCCCAGUUGAAUGUAAGGGAUUUAAUGGAAUCAAGGGUGGUGUAGCAGGUGUACACUUGCAUCUCUCCCUUGAGAUUUCCAUUUCAAUUCCUGCACCACUUGGCAUAAUUGGUGAUGGAACUCUGAGGAAAAAUACACUCAUCUGGAACAAAUGGACACCUCAGACAGGACUCAGUCUGCACAGAAUUCAGUUGAGAAUCUUAGCAAGAGCAGUGGAGAUGCUUGAUGUUGGUGGUCGUAUUGUUUAUUCAACAUGUUCACUGAAUCCAGUAGAAAAUGAAGCAGUUAUUGCACAGUUGCUCAAGAAUAGUGACGGUGCUGUAGAACUACUUGAUGUUUCUAAAGAGCUGCCAGACCUCAAGAGAUCUCCUGGACUCUAUACAUGGAAGUUGAUGAUGAAGAGUGGAGAAGAGGUGACUAGUUGUGAGCCGGGAAGUGAAGCCUAUAAAGGAUGCUUCAGACAAUCACACUUUCCUCCGUCAGAGGAAGAGGCCAAAGCAAUGAACCUUGAAAGAUGCCUAGAAAUAAGCAGGGAGGCAGUGAGCCAGACUCUGGUCAAGAAGAAUCAGAAGUGAAACCACAGACAGAAGAUGCUGUUGAUGAUGACAAUAAUAUUGUAGGUGACUUAUCAGAAGAUGUGGAUGAAGUACAAGGAUUAGAAAAUGAUGGCGAUGAUGCUGACGACAAUGACACAACUGAGCAAAGUGCCAACAAUGCUGGUGCUGUACAAGAAAACCAAGAUUUGGACAAUGAAGGAAAGCCCAUAAGUUUGAAGCCUCCAAGAAAGAAACAGAAAACAAACCCUGGUUUCAAAGAAGAUCCUUUCAUCUUACUGGACGACAAUGAUGAACAGUGGCAGGCAAUCAAGGAAUAUUUUGGAAUAGAAGCGUCCUUCCCUUCAGAUCAGCUGCUGGUUCGGUCGGUUGGAGGAAAAAAGAGAAAUAUCUACAUUGUAUCAAAACUGGUCAAGCAGGUUCUAGAAUGUGCUAAUGAUAAUCUGAAGAUAAUAAAUGUUGGUGUGAAGGCAUUCAGUCGUUGCGACAGUGAUGAACAUGGCUGUGACUUCAGGAUCAUGCAAGAGGGUAUUGAUAGCAUUUUCUCAUACGUCACUAAGAGGCAAGUCUUCCUGACAGAGAAGGAUGUUCUUAUCCUCCUUGAACAUGACAAACCAUUCACUAAUAAGUUUUCAGAGUCAACAAGAAGUCAACUGAGUAAAGUUUUAGGUUUGGGUUGUGUGUUAUUCAUCUAUGAUCCUAAAGGGGAAUACAGUUCCCCUUCUGAUACUUUGAACUGUGGAUUUCAUUUCUGUGGAUGGAAAGCCAAGACCUCAACAAGAAUGCUAGCCAGUAGAAUGGAUAAGACUCAUUAUAAAGUGCUCUGUGGAAUUCCACCAGAAAAAGAUUACUCCGCAGAGCCCAAGAGCAUUAGAUACUUGACUGAGAAGGAUGAAGACAAGGAAGCUAAUGAUGAUAUUGGAUUUGUUUAAACUCAUCCAGUCAGGAUAACAUCUGUGAUUACCCGCUUCCAGCAUCAGUCUAAAGAGAAUACACAAUCACAGUCCGACAUAGAAGAUCUGGGGGCCAACCCUUGUUAAAUGAAAGUCUUCAGUGAUCUAAAGAGCUGAGCCCGAUCUCUUUUCAUUCGCCUUGCUCAACCAAAAAUCUUUUCAUUAUUUACAUAACUUUAUCCAUGACAAUAAUUAUCUAAGUUCCUAAGCUAUCAUGGAAGGGGUAAACGGACAUCAUCACCUGCCGGUGCAAUAAUCCAGCUUGGACUGCCUGUGGUUAGAUGGCAGAACAAUAAAAUCCCUUUGCUCUCAGGAAUUGAAUUCUUUCUUAUGUAAAACGAUUGUAUUGUUCCUGCCAUCUAACAUGGCUGCCGUCACGUGAUGGUGCAAAACCUCUAUACCAAAAUAAUAUGCAAAAGGCUAUUCAUUAUGAGUCAAUUAUGAUGUAAUAGAUCAAAAACGAGCGCAAGYGUUUGAUCAGGGCAUCCAAACGCCGAGAAACAGGUGAAAGCACAAGGCUGUAGGCUAAGUGCUUUUAUUCUUCGAGGUGUUUGGAUGCCCUGAUCAAACACAAAGCAUGAGUUUUUGAACUUACUUCUCAGUCUCGUCAUAAUUCAUUUGUUCUUGAAUCUACUGAGACUAAAAAAAUKAACAGUGUUUUGAUCCGUUCUUGAUCAAGUAUCAAGGUGCGUGCAUGUGACUACAAUGCAAAGUCGUCAUUGGUCAUUGACCUCAUGAAUUAUUAAUGAGUUUGAGAGGUGUACCAUAUAUUUGAAGAAGACGAAGAUGUAUCGUUAAUGGACCCUUAUCAGAAAUAUCGUGGAUGCGAGGCUUACAUGGCAAUACGAAAGAAAUCAAACUUUUUCGUGAAUGGAAUUUGUGGCUUUUUUUUUAGUAUUUCCAUGUACUUAGCUUCACUUCCAUGAUAGAAUGGUUUUCAUUAACCAGCGAAACAGUGUGUUAAUUAGAGUGUUCUAGUCACAAAGACAAUAGAAAACAAAAGAAUUACUGUUAGGUAGUCCUUAAUAAGCUCAAGUGCAUUUGUAUAUGUAAUAGGACUCCAUGCUGUCCAAUUAAGAAAUAAUUGGACGAGAAAAAUUCCGAGGACUUUCAAAAUUGGAUGAUGCUGUACGCCG